CAAGGAUAGAAAUCAACGUCACCUCAGGUCCUUCACUCUAGCUCCUCAUCCUUUCGCACCAGUCAUCUCACAGACCGCUAUGACUAUCCCCGAUAUUGACCCUAAGGUCGUCGCAGAGGAGGUAUACGCUCUCGCUUCGUCCAAUGAGCCUAUCGCUCCGCUAGUACAUGAAGCGCUGACGGUCAUAGACCAAGCACUCGAUGCUUUCGGCUUGGACAAGGUCUCUCUCAGCUUUAACGGAGGCAAAGACUGUACCGUUCUCCUCCACCUCUACGCCGCCGCCUUCGCACGCAGAUCUCCAGGCAAUACCUAUUCCAAGAUUCCAACCUUAUACAUACCUAUGCCCUCCCCCUUCCCCGCCCUCGAAACAUUCAUAGACGACGCAGCCAAAGCGUACAAGUUGGACAUAUUCAGAUGUGUGCCGCCGGUGGAGGAAGAGACUGUGGAGAGCGUCUCGGUGGAGGGGACGAACGCGAAGGGUGAGAAGGUCGACAGUUCGACGAAUGUGAAGUCCAAGGGUGGAGAGGGUAUGAGGUUGGCGCUCGAAAUUUAUAAGGAGAAGUUUCCGGGGAUCGAGGGAAUAUUCAUUGGGACGAGGAGGACGGAUCCACAUGGAGCCACGCUAGGAUAUCAGAACAAGACUGACAAGAACUGGGCGUCGUUCACUCGUAUACAUCCCAUCAUCAACUGGUCCUACGCUAACAUCUGGACGUUCCUCCGACGGCUCAACGUACCGUAUUGUUCGCUGUACGACGAGGGCUAUACUUCCCUUGGCUCUACCUACAACACCUUCCGCAACCCCGCCCUCCGCGUCUCGCCUUCAUCCUCCUCAUCCAACCCAUCGACACCAGUCCCACAAAUGACCCCAAAGAAAUCCGACCCCUUGCCUUCCAUGGCAUCUCUCACCGUACUCUCCUAUGAUGCCUCCAGGACAUGCGCACCAGACUGUGAUUGUCCGCGCCACAAGGCCGAUUCUACUUCUGCCUCUGCCUCUGCCUCUGCCUCUGCCUCUGCCUCUACGGCUCCUUCUUCAACCGCACCCGCCACACCUGUGAGCGCUGAGCUUCCGAAUGUCAAUACACUGCACGUCUUAGAAGACCCAGAGACGACGUGCGGGGACCCCGUUGCCACCCAGACCAACGACACACCCAAACUCAACGGCGCCGAAAAUAGGCAGAGGCACGACAGUAUACCGUUGCCGGACUUCAGCAGUCUGCACAUCAUCGAGUCGCCGGGGGAGACAUGCUACGAUACUGAUGGGCCGGACAAAGUGUUGCCGAAUGGGUUUGUGAUGGGUCAAGGAGGAAAGAUCGAGGUUGUUGGAAAUGGGAAUGGGAAUCCGUGUGGAGCAGGCGAGGAAGAAGAGGAGGGAAUUUAUAGGCCUGCGUACGAGCUUACGGAUGGAGCGUUUGAGAGGGCGGGGAGGGCUUCUUCGGCGCCGACGGCGUCAUCAUGAAGGUAUUAACGUGACGGCAUAGCAGAGGGAAGGGUUCUCGGGUCGUUCAAAGGAUCUGUGAAGGGCGUGAUCAUGUAUAGAAUGGGCAUUUGAAGAGGAGAGGUUUUGGUUGUAUGCUUUUUUGUUUAUGCCUGAUGGUGCUGUGUAUUUGUAUGUAUCGUUCGUGCGCCUCGCCUUCCAGAUAGUUGCUGACUUGUGGUGGCUGGACAUCGUCGGGCUCUCGUGGGCUUGAUUCGUUGUUUUAUGGAAUGCAUCUCUUAGAUAUAUCCUGGCAUGGUAUGCCGUAUACUAGUCUUGACUUCCGCGGAACGCUGGCCAUGGACUGUCCAACACUUGUCACCGAUAAUUAGCUGUCCUCAGUUGCUCUAUCCUUCCUUCCUUCCAUGGUGAAUACACAGCCAUACAAUCUAGGCAGUUCCAAUAUGGUUACAAAUAUAAU